AUGAAUAUUAACGCCGACAUUAAUCUCGCUAUCAGUGACUGGGGAAUUGAAGAGGAGAAUGGGUUGUCUUGUGUUGAAAAUGUCCUGAAUGUCAAUGUAAUUAUAAAACAAUACAUAGCGAAGUACCUAUCACUUAAUCGUCAUUCUGACUACUUUUGGGAAAGAUUGAAAUAUAAUUUGAUCAUAUCUAAUUUACUCGAUGAUUCAAUGGUUCUUUCGAAAAACGAGCAAAUGUUACGAACGCAUCAGUCCAUGUUUGAAAGAAGCUAUUUAAGUACCAUAGUUAACGAUGACGAUUUGGAAUUAGUCUCAUAUGAAAAAAAGUACCGUAUGACUCUAAAGAAAUUUAGGAAACAUUUGGUGCCGAGUAUUAUUAACAUAAUAAUUCAUUUGUUAAAAUUUCAUCAUACGUAUAAUGAGAAGCAAAAAUUUAAGAUAUUUGCUGUGCUUUUGUUAAUGUCUGCAAGAAUAAUCAAAACAGAGAAAUUGGCAUUUAAAUUAAGGUAUCUGUCGAUUCUUAAUACCUUGAACGAAUUUCUCCUCUUGAAUUACAAGAUUAAUAAAAAGUUCAUCACAAAUUUGAUUAAUCUAAAAAACUACAGGAUCUUAGAUGAGAACAAACCUACAAAAAUAGCAAAUUUGCAGAAACACCUAAGUAAUACAUUGGAAUUUUUGAUAUUUGAUUUAAAACUAUGGGCCUCAAAGCUACUACCUUAUGUUAAUGGGGAUGUUUUAGAACAAUUUUGUGAUGUAAACAACGUUGAUAUAGAUUUAAUUGCCAAUGAAUCUGAUAUAAACUCCAUGUCACAAGACAUGACGGAAAGUAUUGAUGAAGUCAUUCUCAAAUUAAAUAAAUUUAAUCAGCUACGAAAAUUAGUGAUAUGUGAGAUAUUAACUUUUAAUGAUCUACCAAAAUCGAGCUAUUUCUUAAGUCAGCUAAAAGAUCAGUUAAAUUUACCUUCUAAUAGUAAGACAUCAUUAACAAUGCAUAAUAAACUUUUGGCAAUGGAAGAUUUUUUUAGAGCUAACGUUAAAGUCCUAUCAAAUUUCAACUUAAUGAUUCAAAAUCUCGAAUAUAACGAUGAUACGCCUAGAUCUGACUUAGAAAUAAUGAACAAAAAAGACAUCUUGACCCAUUAUAAACGUUCAGAUUUGGGCACAAAUAAAAACGAAAUCAAUUUGGAAACCUUGAUUAACAAGCUUUCAAGUUUGACUACAAAUUUAAAGUAUUUUGAAAAGUACCAUAAGGCGACGGAGGAUAAUGAGGAAGAGUUGCAUGAAAAAAUAUUAAUAUUUAAUCAAUUUAGUGACGAGAUUAACAAAUUGAAGGAAUUGCAUCAGCUAUACCUGAGCGAUUUAAACCUGAGGGUUGGCCAUUAUAAUAAUCUGUAUCCCGGUUCUCCUAUGGAACCCUCUUUUUCUGAUACAACUGAUAUGCAGCUACGGUCAUUUCAUAAUACAAUCAUAAAAAAAAGAUAUUCCUUACCUCCACAGCUUAAGAGCCCCCCAGGAAUCCCCUCUAACUCUUCUUCUGAUGUCAAUCAAGCUCGAAAACCGAAGAGGACUUCAGGUGGAUUGCAGCUCGGUUUAUUGACUGUUUUGGAAGAGCCUGCAGCGCAAAAUAAAAUGCAUAUAUCAUACGACGAUAAUUACAUAAACAUUUUACCACCAUCUUCAUAUGAGACUUAUAAUCAAGAUGCAUUAGAUCAGCUUCAAAGUAAUAAAUCAGAUACCAAUAGGAGCAGCAUUUUUACGAACAGCAGAUUCUCAAUCAAUUCCAACGCUUCUAACAUCAGUGGGGCUUCUGAUAUGGUUAAUUUAACUCAAGUGAGCUCUGUGGAUGAUGAGUAUGUUAAUGACGGGCUUUCAAAGCUGCAGCUUAAAGCGAAGUUAGAAGAGAAUCUUAAUAGGUUGUAUACGGGAAGUGGCUCAAAAUUGGAUCAGGAUACUUUUCGAACGGAUGCUACAGGUGGCUCAGAAAAUAAUGGUGUACUUCAUCACAAUAUUUCAAAACGAUCCUUCUCAAACGAAUUAGAAAAAGCUUUAUUGAAUAAAGUUACACGAGGUCAAUAA